CGCUAUUGGAAUUUUGAAAAUUCCUCGCUUCAUUUCUAGGGUUCUCGUUCAUUGGGGGUUUGGAAGCCAAGGGUUUUAAAUUAUAUUCGAACUGGCAAAACAAAAUCGUUUCUAGUUCUUUGCCAAGUGUGUAGGUUACAUCUAUCAUUCCUCCGAUGUUUAAUCAUCAUGUACUCGGACGAUUUUCACCGCAUUGACUGUUUUUGUUUCAAAGAUUCAGAAAUCGAGGGUUUUGUUGAUUCUGAAAAAUGGCGGAGGAUGUGGAGGCGGUUCAAGAAAAGCCCCCAAACACCUGCUGCGCUGCGCUGAAGAAGCAGCACUCUAAGCUUUUGGAGAAGCAUUCAAAGGUUGUAGAAAUAAGAAACCAGUUGCGCGAUGCUGUGCGAUUGGUCAAUAAAAAUUACGAUGUCAGCGAGAAAGAAAAUGAGGGUCUCAGAAAAGCAUUGGAGGAACUCAAAGUGCAGGCCAAUGUAUGGAAGGAUGAGAAGCAAAGAGAAUGUGGUCGCUGUGCGGAUCUUGAGGACGAGGUAUCUGCCCUAAAUGACGAGGUUCGGUUGUUGAAGCAAAAUGGCAACACUGCUUCUCAAGCAGCAGAUAACCAAAUACAAGAACAUCUGAAUGCAGCACAGAAAGAGAUUAAGCAGCUGAAGGAGCUCCUUGGUAAAGAGAGGGGACAAACAGCUUUGGAGAAAAAGAAUGCUGAGUUGCAGAAGAAGAGAGCUGAUGAGGCUUUGAAGAAGGUAGAGAUGGAGAAAAAGAACGCUGAGUUGGAGAAGAAGAAAGCCGAUGAGGCUUUAAAGAAGCUAGAGAUGGAAAAAAAGAAUGCUGAGUUGGAGAAGAAGAAAGCCGAUGAGGCUUUAAAGAAGGUAGAGAUGGUAAAAAAGCAUGCUGAGCUGGAGAAGAAAAAAGCCAAUGAGGGUUUGAAGAAGGUCGAGAUGGAGAAAAAGAAUGUCAGUGAAGCACAAAAAGUUGCUAAUGUUGAAAGAAAAAAGGCAGAGGAGAAGUGGGAAAAAUUAAAAUUGGAAUUUGAUUCGUUAAAGUCAAAUUUGGCUUCGGAUAAAUCGAAAUGUGAAGAUGCGGAAAAGAAACUGGAGGUCGAGAAACAGAAAGUCAGUAGAGAAAGAAAAAGGGCAGAUCUGGCUGUGACCAAAUUUGAAGAGCAGCGGAGACUUGCAGAAACAAAUUUGAGUAAGGCCAUGAUAGAGAAGGAACGAGCUGAUGAUCUGAGUCGAAAGUUGGAAGAGGCUAGGAAUAGGAUGAAAAAAUUAGAAGGGUCGCAUGAGAGUUCAUGCAAUGAAAAACUGGAAAAGAUGCUCUUUGAGAAAGAGGCUGAUAUUAUUAGGGAGAGAAAACGUGCAGAUUCAAAGAAAAAGAAAGCAAAAGAACAGAAGAAAGUUGCAGAAGCACACCAAAAAGCAGCCGCAGAACAGAAACAUCGAGCUGAUCAAAUAUCUAGAGAGUUGGAAAGUUACAAGCUGAGGUUAGAAGAAUUACAGAAGAAGCAGGAAUUUGUUUCAUACAGAACAUAUGCCGACAAUGCAUCCCUAAGCAAUAAUGAUGUUAUUUCUGAAAUUGGUACAGUUAAACUACUAAAGAAACAAUUGAAGCUAGAAAAGAUGGUUGUGAAGCAUGCCCAGAAAGCAUCAAAGGUGGAGGCUGUUCGUAACAAAAUGCUACAUCAGGAAAUAUUUAACCUAAAACAGGAGUGUCUUUCAUUCCAACAGCGUCUAGAUAUGCUAGAUAAGAGUUUCUUGCACGACAGUGAAGGUAUACAUAAGUUGGGAAAGAUUGACAGUCGGAUCUCCACAAGAGAAACUUUAUUCUCAGAUGGAUAUAACAGUCAAGUUAUAUCAGGUAUCCAUUCUAGACUGGGUCCUCCAUACAGAGGUUCCAGCCAAAACAUGUUACAGAAUUCUGCAAUAUAUUCCAGUUCAGCAUCUUUUUCUGAUCGACCCUUGGCGGGAUCACAGGAAAGAGGUACUUUCUCUAUCACAACAUCAGCUGAGCUUGGGGAAGAUGUAUCAAACCUCGAACCAACUAUACCAAGGUUGUCUGACAAGAUGAAGACAAGGAGAAAUGAGCAUGAUGCUGUAGCUAAAGCUGAUAACAACAAGAGAAGUCCGAUUAAAAUCAAUUCUGAUGAAAGGAGAGUUGGCUACAGUGGGAGGAAAAGGAUUCUUGAUGCAGUUGAGUCCAUUGAAAAUCUGUAUUCGAAGGGUGAGAAGUUACAUCAAAGAGUAUCAGAGGAACUUUCCGUGCUGAAUAGUUUAUUCAGUAGCCAAGAGGAUGAACCUGUGAAUCAGAAUCUGAAAGAUACUUCUUGCAGAAAGCUUGCUAGACCUUCCAAGAAGAGAAAGACAUCCUCAGAGCAAAUAAUAACUGGUCAUUAUUUGCAAGAUUCGCAGGAGCCAAAAAGCAUUCUUGAUCCAAAAAUUGAUCACUCUGAUGCCUGUAUGCGUGCUUCUCCUUCAAGAUACGAUGCACGGAAAUCUGAUUGGUGUUUUAAGGAUGGUAAAACUCAUUUAUUUGGAAGCAACCAGUGCAUUCCUCAGGAUUUUGACUAUAUGAAGUUGCUAGAUCUUGAUAAUGCUGAUGAUGAGAGCGCAUUUCGUAGAGCUAUUGAUAUGCCUCUGUCUCCGUUGCUGCCGGAGUUUGAAUUUCAUUGGGAUAAGACACUUGAAGUAGAUAAUCAUGCGAUGCUGGUAGACCAAAGUUUCCAAGAAGAAUUGCCGAAUACUAAGGAGAAGUUGGGAACGUCAGAUGUGUCUGAUUCUGGAAACAGGGAAAGCAAUGUACCAUGUCGAAGAGGAAUUGUUUCUACACAUGGUGUUUUUGUGAAGUAUCUCGUUAUACCUUCAGAUAACAGAGACAAUUCUAGCAUUUUGAGGAUCCUUCAGACAGUUGAUAGUUGCACGCCACUAUGUUUCUUCCUUCAUCCAGCAGAAAUAUUCCUUCCAAAUAUUCUACACACUCUUCUGAAAGCUGAAGAUCUUUCAAUGAAGGAGAAGGUCUCCGUGUUUCUCUCUCUAAUAUUGCACGGAAUUUCUGAGUUUGGAAUGAAAAACUUGGCAAGUGUGUCAAGUGAUAAUUUUACCCAUUCUCUGGAUGCAGUGACUCUGCACAUUCGCUCAGCACUCUCUGAUCCAUAUUUGAGGAAAAUAUUUAUGGAGUCGUGUGAAUUUGUCGAACUAUUCGCUGUCAUUGAAGAUUUUUUUCUGCAGAGAAAGCUAUUGGUCCGCGGUGAUGUAUAUGCCGAGAGAGAAGCCCCUCUUGGUUCCAAAAUAAACCUUGUUCUAAAUGGUGAUUCCAUUACACUAUCUGAAGUGUUGGCUUCGCCUGACCUAUUGGUUGCUGGAGGAAGUCUUUUAGCUUCGUUAUGUUCUGCGGUUGACCAUAUUGGUUUUGUUUGUGAGAUAUCGUGCAACAUUAUCUCGAUCCAGAAACUCGAUCCUGCAGUAAUGUUAGCUGUUCUCCAUGUUUUUGCCCACAUAUGUGGCCCUAAGUAUUUUGCUCUUGAGCAGUAUUCCUUAGCAAUGACUGUAGUAAAGUCUGUGGUUAUGUUUCUUGAGAAGCAGACUUUGCCGAUCGAUUCAACAUCUUUUUCUCCAUUGUCCAAAAUUCGGUUGUGUAGCAGUAGCACCAUUUGUCCGUUCUUAGAGGGUGCGGUUUCUGUGGAGGAUGUCGCAUUGCUUCUGCUAGAGAACCUCCAUAAGUGCGAACAAUCUCAUGGGGAGAGAGCUGAAGAAGGUUCAUAUGAUGAGAACUUUUGCGACUCGAUCGAUAUUCUUUCGUUGGUUGAGAUUCUUGCUUCAUUCAUGGGAUGGGGUUGGACAUUUGACCACAUGAUAGGGCAAAUUUGUGAAUAUUUGGAAUCACAUCUUAUGGAGGGUUUCUCGGCAGCUAUUUUCGUACUUCUUGGUCAACUUGGGAGGCUCGGUGUUGGGGCUAGUGGAUAUGAGGAUCCUGGAGUUACGAAUCUAAGAGGACGCUUAUCUACAUUUGUAUUGGAGACCACGUUUUCGAAACUGAACUUCUCCGUUCAAUUUGCAAUCAUAACUUGUUUGCUUGGCCUCACUGCUAUCAAAUUUGAAGACAUUAUUGAAGGUAAAGUUGAAACUGCUUCCGUAACAAGUCAAUCAAUUCCUGCUAGUUUGGUAAGGGAGUGGUUUUCUCACUUGGGUCGUGAGCAACAAUCGCAAUUACUGCUUCAUCAGGUAGCAAAUGAUUGCAGUUUUUCCGAUUAGAUCGAUGCGCUCCCUAGUUCAACUUGAGCCAAAAAAAAAAAAAAAAAAAAAGAAAAUUUUUGUAGAGCAUUUUUGGGGACAUGUAGGACUAAUUUAAAACAAUUGAGGCCACUGCAACUAAGUGCUAGGCUUUCUUUUCUGUAAAUGUUUCUCUCUUUUUAAAGCUGAAUGAGAGGCGUUUGGCUUCGUCGUUUAAAAUGAUUUUUGCUCGAUAAGACAUUUUGUUCAACGGGGUAAAACUGUGUUUCGGUGAAGGUUACUCGAUUUUUGGCUUGAAAUUGAUCAGUUCUUGGCAGAUAAUCAAGAUUAGUCAACUGUUAUUUGG